AGGAGAAUCAAUAGUUUAGUGAAAUCCUUAACGACCGACGCUACUCAUUGCACCCCACCAAGUAAGUGAGAGAAAAAGAAGAAAGAAAAGUUAAAUAAUACAACAAACAAGAAAAGAAAAAAAAAAAGAAGAAAAGUGAGUAGCAACUACAACAACUCUACUAUAAUUGCUUUAGAAAGGGAUCCCAAUGUUGCACCCUCACCAACCGCCAUUGCUUCAUCUUCAAGCCUCUUAUCCACUUAUGUCCCAUUUGUCACUUGUAUAAUAAAUAGAUCUAUGAUGGAAUUCAAUACCAAUAAAAGAAAAGCAGUGGUUGCUCCAGGCUCAGUGUGGGAAACCAGAAUGAAGAAUGAUCAAGUUAAAGGCGGAAUCAAAGUGUUCAAACAAGAAGAACAAAAUGCUGUUACUUCUAAUUCUAGAGUUAAAAGAACCUCAAUUGUGCCUAGAAAAACUUGGACUCCAGUUCACAAGAAUUCGGAGGAACAACAGAGAAGCCCAAUUCAAUCAAGAAAGCUAAGAUCUGAUACACAAAAAGUUGGUGAAUUGAAGAAGAUCAAAUCAGAUCCGAAUCCGAUCAAGAAGAAUUCAACUUCUACUGAUUCAAUUCAAUUGAGCAAGUCGAAGUCUGAAUUGGAUCAAGUUCAAGAAAAUGAGGUUGAUGAUGAAUUGAGUGGUGGUGAUGGUGAGUCUGAAAAGAUUGAAACUGAGAAAGAACAAGAGAAUGUUGAGAAUUGUGAAGAGAAAGAGAUGUCGCAUGAAAAUUCGGUUCGUGUUAGUAAUGACGAGGAGAUUGAGAUUGAGAAUGAGACAAAAUGCUUUGAUGUCAAGGAAAUUACUAUUCCAGAAAAAGAUAAGGUUGUUGUUGGGAAUGAAGUAGAACCAGAACAAGAACCAGAAAAGGAUAAGGUUGUUGUGAAUGAACGAGAACCAGAACCAGAACCAGAACCAAAACCAGAAACAAAAAAGGUUGUGAAUGCAAACAUGCGAUUUCAUCACAAAAAUGAAACAAGAGUUACAAGACCAAUUUCUGUACCUCUGGUAGUCAAGCAAUCCUCUACAAUCAGAAGGAAUUCAACAAUUUACCAAAAUUCGAAUUCGGUUCCAAAGCCAAAGGAAAAAGAACACAGUAGCAUUCCACAAACCCAAAGCAAGUUGCAGAGUCUAGUGGAUUUGAUAAUGUGGAAAGAUGUUUCAAGAUCAGCAUUUGUGUUCGGGGUUGGAACAUUUGUUAUAGUCUCAUCUUCUUAUGCAAAGGAUCUUAAUUUGAGUGUUAUUUCUGCAAUGUCCUAUGUUGGUCUUGUCUAUCUUGCGGUUAUCUUUCUGUAUAGAUCCCUAAUUUGCAGGGGUGUCAUAGAUGUACAAGACUCAAAUUAUGUAGUAGGAGAAAAAGAUGCAAUUUGGAUGCUGCAGUUGGUCCUACCAUAUUUGAAUGAAUUCUUGUCCAAGCUCAAAGCACUUUUCUCAGGAGAUCCUGGUACCACAAUGAAGUUGGCAAUUUUUCUGUUUGUUUUGGCUAGAUGUGGCAGUUUCAUAACUAUAUGGAAGAUGGCCAAAUUCGGGUUCUUUGGAGUUUUUAUAGUACCAAAGAUCUGCUCUUCGUAUUCAGCACAGUUAACUGCAUAUGGAAAUUUUUGGAUUCGUCGAUUUCGGGAUGCAUGGGAUUCUUGCACUCACAAGAAAGCCGUGGCUCUUGGCAUCUUCGGUCUUGUAUGGAAUCUGUCAUCGGUUGUUGCUCGCAUUUGGGCAGUUUUCGUGUUAUUUGUGGCAUUUAGAUACUAUCAGCAACACUAUAUGGUGAGGGAAGAAUGUGUGGAAGAUGAAACAGAAUGUGAAGAAACAUGGGAACAACCCAAUAAAGUAAAGAAAGGAUUCUAAAACGAUGAUAUUCGUGGAACCUAUUGCAAGCUACCACAUUUACUCUUUUCCUACAAUGUUUUCUCCUUUUCUUUAUAUUCUAUAUAUUCAUAGCUAUAGUUUUAAGCUUGUAAAUUUUGUUUAUUUGAUAAGUCCGGUUCAAUAGCAAAAGGGAAUAAUAAAGCUUGGAUGCUCAUGUUAUGUAAUUAGCAUUCAGUUAUAGCUAUAGAAAUUUGUUUUCAUUAAUUCUCAUCACCUAUUAAAAAAGUUUUUAUUUGGCCUGACCAAUUUAUUUUUGAUAUUUCUUAAUGCACCCU